GAUAUCGUAGUAGAACCUUUUUAAGGAAGCUAACAACGCUUAAUUAUGUGAAGAUCCCUUUGGGGAACCUUUUCUAAAGUGCACAUAAUGCUGAAUAUUCUGGAUCUAGCAAGACAAUUCGGGAGAAGAACAACAGAUCGUAUUGUAUAACAAAUCCUAAAAUGUUUGACGUCUUUCCCCAAACCAGCGCGAGUUCUUCUAGCUGUCUGCUUUCUAAAAAUAAACUCGAGAGACCGCACAAUGCACUCAACUGACCUUAGUGGUUGAUUGACUACCGUGACAUCAGCACGUUCCUGUAGUUUCCUUCUCGUUUAUCAUUUGAUCGAUUGCCGGUUGUACUGGUGAGACGUCUACAAGACUUGCCUCUGUGUUGCGUAAUCUUGAUUUAAGAGGUCGAAAGUUCGUUCGUUUAAUCAGAACCGUGACUGAAACGUUUCCACUGGAGUUACGGUGGAGGGAUUAUUGAUAGAAAUUCACUCUUUGGAAAAUGAGACUUGGUUUUCGUCCAUGCUUCUCCUCUCGUCUCCACUGGCUUUCUGCUAUGCGAACAGAUUUAUUUUCUUUGGCUGCUCCGCUCCUUUACUUGGCUUUGAUUGCGUCUAGACUGAGCUACAUUUAUCCAGCGACGUGCGGAGCUCCAGUUAGGACGGAUUUCGUAUUUACCUGAUUGAAACUGUGAGAUUAGACACUGAAAUGAGCACAUGAAUGUUUUUUUUAUUUUAAAGGAUAAAGAUCCGUCAGCUCUUUUUAAGUCCUUAUAAUUCCAGACUGAGAUCUCCAUUUUAGUUUUCCUUCAGGUGUCUCUCUGGGGAAACCAUUAAGGGUUCCUUGUAGAACCAUACAACAGAAUGUUUUCCUAUCAGAUGAAGGUAUGGCGUUAUUAUUCUUCAGCGGAAUAUACUUUACAACUGGCUAACGAUACAAAGUCCGAAUCAAAGUCUAAAUCAUCGCCAGCUUUUCAUCAAAUCAGAGAAGUUGUCAAGUUAGCAAGUUAGCAAGCGCUACGUUUACACCUCAGGACUCCCAGCUAAUUGAACAGCUACUCUGUAAUCCUGCUGCUUCCCAGAUAUCGUUAACGUUAAUUCUGGAUGACUCGCCUCGGCUCACCUCAAAACACCUCCUGGGUGUAGAUGCGCUCGAUUUAAACCUCACCCUCGAGAACAACUUGUUAAAGAUUCAUUGAGGUCUUGACCUUCUGUUGAAAGAAGUGAUGAAGGUUUGUGACCUGCUGCGAGGAAGUUUAUCAUCACAGCGAGUCACUGAACUGCCUCAGAUUUGCUUCUAAUGCUCAGAUCAAACAAUGUGAAUGUCAAGAAAAGCGCAGCCUUUCUGUGAUCCGGAGAGAACGCCGGAGACGGCGGUUUAAAGACUGGAGCGUGCGUUAGCAUGGGCUGUGAUCUGCUAAUCGUCUCGCAGGACGCAACAUGUCCACCAGGAAAGAAGCGACACCAAGAAGACGACCCUAGUGUGCACUGCGCUGUAUCUUAUUUGUUUUACCUAAGACUUUGACUAAUUAAAAGUAUGACAACUUUGAUUAGAUGGUUAAAGAGGGGAAAGAUGGAAGCUUCAGAUAUUGCAUCUGAAUUUGCUAGACAUGUGUGCAUGUCAACUGUAAUUCCAGGUAAAGGUGGAGAGAUGCGUCAAAAACUUAAAUAAUGACACUCGUGCAAAAUAAGCGUAGGCUCGGGUGUGGUUUGUUCAUAAAAUAAGUGUAAAUACAAACCUUUUCGCCUGCUCUAAAUUUAUCAUGGUAUCAUCAAGUCGUUUAAGAAAUGGACUUAUGGAGAUGCUUAGACAUCAUUUCGAGAAACUUCGAGAAUCAAAUCAAAUAAAAACAGGUUUAUGCGAAAUUAAUACCUGCUGUUCGGUCGUAUCGAUUUACCCACGCAUUUGCCGUCGCCGAAGAUUAUUAGCAUUAUAUUAGAAUUGUAUAAACCUCUGAAGCUACAGGAUGUUAUUUUGAAAUGUUGCCCUCUCUGGUAGAAAAAUGUCAUUGCAAGCUACUUGCUUAAAGAGGAUUCUGCUAGCCAAAACCAAGAGUGUGUGAGAGAGAGAGAGAGAGAGAGAGAGAGACCCUGAAUGACAAACUCUGGCCUGAUAAAACCUUCCACGAGUCACGAGCUGGCUAUCAUGCGUUCACUAGCUAUGCAACUGGGUAAUGAUACAAAUUCCCAUCAUCGAUCAUUCAUUAGCUUUUCAUCAGAUUAGAGAACAAUAAAUAACUAAAAAUCCAUCAGUCCUGUCUUCUUUUUGCUCUUUUGGUUUAAUAUCUGAUGCUCAAUGUUUACUUUGUUUCAUCUUUCACUCUCACUCUCCUGAUUGGCUGUGGCUCCUGCCGAACACAAUGUAGUCUGACUUCUUUCGUGCUGUGAGGUGAUUUGACGGUGAAUUGUGACUACAAUAAUAUCAGAUUAUCCAGGAUUUUUUUCUCCCCCUGUCUCAGUAAUCAUGUUUUUUAUAUUAAAAAAAAAACCCAAUAAAUCCUACGCCCGUAUCGUAUUAGCACAAGCACGUAAAACGGACAGGGCAUGCUAAUUCGCUGUUCGUGUGAAAGUCGCAACCCUUUGCAGACCUUGGUAUUUAAUCAGAGCCUGAGAAUUCAACAGAUUUCCUCUCAUCUAACAUCAGUUAACGAUCACGGGUGAGCAAAUCAAACGAAGAACACUCUCGGCAAUCAACCAUUAAAUCUCCGAUACGACGUCGCCCGAGUCUCCACCUUCGUUAAUGAUUUAAUGUCGUAACUAACCUUCUGUAGGGAACCAAGUAAUCAGUAGCAGACCCUGUCAGUAAGUCAUCUACAUGAUGGAGGUGGAGGUACAUGCAUCAAGGACAAAUUAUUCGUCAUUGAUUUGAGUUGUUUGCACAGCCAGCCAGGUUUACUUCAGGACUCAGUAGGAAAUCAGAUGGACUGAUGACUGACGUUAAACAGAAUCACGAGCCUGAAAGUUUCGACCGUGAGUGUGCUUUAUAGAGUGCUUGCUCAUUUGCCGCUGCACAAAAUAGAAAUGAACGACUGAAGGGUCGUCAUGGGGUUGCACUUCGCAUCAUUCCCUUCUCCUAGGUCCUAGGAGUCCUUAACUGAAUAUGUGUGUGGAUCAGCAGGUGCUGGAUUAGCCGAGUGUCCAAAGCUCCCGGUGUCCUUAAAGCAGUGGCAGUGCACUGGGGAAUUAGAGCAGAUUGUCUCUCUCUCUCUCUCUCUCUCUCUCUCUCUCUCUCUCUCUCUCUCUGUGGCAGGAGGAAGGAUGGUGUCAGAUUUCCGUCAUUCGUCGGUCGUCACCCGGACACCUCGUCGACGAACGGGCUGACUUGGAUUCUAAACGAGUUCACUCCAAAGAGACUUGGAUCUUUGAAAACAUCGCAAACGGAUCUUGCAUCGGAUUGGAUAGAUCGGUUGGAUCUGAAGCCUGUAAAGAUAUUAUACUCUCUCUACAUGGACAUUCUCGGUUGUUUUGCUGACUACAAACUUUGAAUGGUGCUAAAACCCUGGCAGCCGAAGAUCUCCUUCGUUUCGAAUCUCCAUUUGCCUAAAGCGUCUCAUUUGACCUAAAGGAACCGUGUUUCGGAUAGCUUCUUAAUGUCCUGCGAUAACUCUCUUUAAGCUUUUCCUUUGCGAUCCAUAGGACGUCUGAGAAUACCGUUGCGAUUGACUGCUGAACCCUCAAACAUCUAGUCUGAUGUUGACGGAACCCUGCUUCAGGUAAUAUCUCCAAGACUCCGUUCUUUAGCUCACAGUCUUCAGAUUUUGCCGCAAAACCCGCUUGUGAUCUUUAAUCCCUUGUGGAUAUAUGACGUCCACCAAACCCCAAAACAUCUAAACAAGCAUCGUCUUUAGUGGUUUCUUCACGAGUCACCUCGACCUUAUCCUCUGUAAUCAUUAAGCCCUCGGACAAGAGCCUGGACAAAUCCCGUCAUGUCUGCUGAAGCUUGUCCCCUCAGUGGGGCUCAGAUCGCUUUGUGUAGACUCGUCCAUCGUGGACCCAGACCUCAGGUCACUCUGAAACCUCUGCGGAAGGAGUUGGAGCUGUACGUGGAAAAAACUCGGGCUAAACAGAAACAAAGGAUGGAGGCGUCCUGCCUGGAGUUGGCUUUAGAAGGUGAGCGUCUGUGCAAAGCCGGAGACUUUAAAGGUGGGACAGCGUUCUUCGAGGCGGCGGUUCAGGUAGGAACGGAAGAUCUGAAGACCCUCAGUGCCAUUUACAGCCAGCUGGGCAACGCCUACUUCUACCUCAAGGAGUACGCCAAAGCUCUGGAGUAUCACAGACACGAUCUCACGCUCGCCAGGACGAUCGGAGACAGAAUAGGGGAAGCGAAGGCGAGCGGGAACCUGGGGAACACUCUGAAGGUACUCGGACGCUACGACGAGGCGGUCGUGUGCUGCCAGAGACAUCUGGACAUCUCUCAAGAGCAAGGAGACAAGGUUGGCGAGGCCCGGGCGCUGUACAACAUCGGGAACGUGUUUCAUGCCAAAGGGAAGCAGCAGUUAUGGGGAUGUCCUCAGGAGCCAGGAGACCUUCCGGGUGACGUGAGGGACACGUUACAGAGAGCCACCGCUUUCUAUGAAAUGAACCUGUCGCUGGUGAAGGAGCUGGGGGACCGGGCUGCUCAGGGGCGGGCUUUUGGUAACCUUGGUAACACACACUACCUUCUGGGUAAUUUCGUCGAGGCCAUCAAGUUUCAUCGCGAGAGACUUUCCAUCGCUAAAGAGUUCGGAGACAAAGCGGCCGAGAGACGAGCCUACAGCAACCUGGGCAACGCGCUCAUCUUCCUCGGCCAGUUCAGCUCAGCGACCGAGUACUACAGGAAAACACUGCAGCUCUCUCGGCAGUUGAAGGACCAGGCGAUGGAAGCUCAGGCAUGUUACAGUUUGGGAAACACGUACACACUGCUGCAGCAGUACGAGCGCGCCAUCGACUACCACCUCAAACACCUGCUCAUCGCUCAGGAACUCAACGACAGGGUGGGAGAAGGCCGUGCGUGCUGGAGUUUGGGAAAUGCCUACGUGUCUUUAGGAAACCAUCGUCAGGCUCUGCAUUACGCACACAAACACCUCGACAUCUCCCGAGAGAUCGGGGACAGGAAUGGGGAACUGACGGCUCGGAUGAAUGUGGAGCAGCUGAUGGAGGUGCUGGAUGUGAAAGAGGGAGACCUUUCUCCAUGCGGGUCAGAGUUCGAGAUGCAGGGAGCUCGGCCGAAGUUUAAGAAGAGGAACAGUAUGGACAGUGUGGAUCUGUGGAAGUACACGUCAGAAAAGAACGGAGAUGGACACGACGUGGAUGGCGUGUCCCAGAGGUCUAAACAUCAGCCGUCUCACUCCAACAGGAGGAAAAAGUACACGGAGAGCCAGACGUCAGAGGACAGGCAGUGGCUGGACUCACCUGUGGACACGGAUGACAUCACUCUGCAGGUAACGCCACAGAAGCUGGGUCGCGACCCCUCCAAUGAGGACUGCUUCUUCGAACUGCUCAGUAAGUUCCAGAGCAGCCGCAUGGACGAUCAGCGCUGCCGUCUCAGUGAGGACGCUAACGGUCAGGACACGCACAGCAAUGACGACGCCGCAGACUCGGACAUCAGCGACAUGAUCGACGCCAGCCUGCUGGCCUCGCCUCAGACGGAGGAGCUGUUUGAUCUGAUCGCCAGCUCGCAGAGCCGCAGACUGGACGACCAGCGGGUCAGCGUGGGGAACCUGCCAGGUCUCAGGAUUACCCACAAUAACCUGGGGCACCUGCGCACCGAAGCCGAGCCUCAGGAGCCCAGCGACGACUUCUUCAACAUGCUCAUCAAGUGUCAGUCCUCCAGGAUAGACGAUCAGCGGUGUUCUCCUCCUGAAGGCGGUCCCCGCGCCCCCACCGUGCCGGACGAGGACUUCUUCAGCCUGAUCCAGAGGGUUCAGGCCAAACGCAUGGACGAACAGCGCGUCCAGCUUCCCUCCGAGAACCACUCGGAUAACGAGAACGCCAGCGGAGACUCCAGCUAGACCGCGCAGAGAGCAGGAGAGAGACUGAUCACGGGAAGGUUUCUGGACUAUGACUGCAUCGUCUGUGUGUUUGUGUACGACUGACUUCGUGCACUGUAUUUGAUCCGGGGUGAUGUUUUUAAAGGCGCCUCCUGCGGUUCGUUAGCCACCAGCCUCUAGUGUUGUUGUAGUGCGCGCUCGCUUGCUUGCUAGCCGCUAAUCAACAUCCUGUACGUGUUUUAAAGUGGUGUGACGCGUUAACGUCCCCGAGCCUUUAAGUGCGCUCGGGUUUUAAGCUUUUAUUCAGACGGGGUGUCGUUCCUCCGGCAGCCGUGACAUGUUCGGUGUCAGUGUUGAUUCAAAUGAUACACAAUCCUUCAAAAUAAUUCAAAAUAGGUGCUUUCUGUCUUCUGCGUUUUUUUUUUGUUUUUUUUUUUAGUAGCAUGUUGUAUAUUUAUUAUUGCAUCGGUGGAGAAAAAGACUGACAUAACAAUGACUGUGAAAAAAAUGUACAUUUUUUAAAUGAAUUAAGAUAGAUAAGAUGAUUUAACAAGUAAAAAAAAAUAUAUAAGCUUUCAAAAGAGAAAACAAAUGGACGAUUGUUCUGUUUGUAAAAAAAAAACAAACAAAAAAAACUAAGCUUUUAUGUUGAUGAUGAUCGACGCUUUCGACAUGCGCUAGAGCUAAAUGAGCCGUGACGUAACUAAGUGGUUGCUUUUCUUGCACAAGUGUCCUAGCUAUCGGGAAAAAAAAAAAAAAAAACAUGGAUAUGUAGGCGGAGCUACAAAUACCGCAGAUUGAUCCAAAGCUUCUUUCUCGUUUCUGAUCUUCUUUUCCUCGCAGCUUUGGGAGGCAACGCCACGAUUUUAUCGCGUUAAAUAUUUUCAAUUAGUUUCUGCUUUUAAAAAAAAUGUGAAUUCAUAUGGAUUUUUGUAUUUAUUUACCCAUCAUUUAUUUCAUCCUUGGUUUUACCAUACUUACUCAUAAAUCUUCCAUUUAGUUCACUAUACAGCGCCCUCCAAUAAUAUUGGCACCCUUGGUAAAUAUGAGCAAAGAAGGCUGUGAAAAAUGGUCUUUAUUGUUUAUUCUUUUGUUCAAAAAAUUUCACAAAAAUACUCUGCUCUCAUGGAUAUCAAACGAUUGCAAACACAACACAGGUUUAUAAAAAAAUAUCUUUGUUAAAUAUAGGGGUGCAAGAAUUAUUGUCACCCUUUCAGUCGGUACUUUGUGCUAGUUCCCUUUGCUAAGAUAACAGCUCUGAGUCUUCUCCUAUAACGCCUGAUGAGGUUGGAGAAUACAUGGCGAGGGAUCUGAGAGCGUUCCUCCGUACAGAAUCUCUCCAGAUCCUUCACAUUUUGAGGUCCACUAUUAGGUUUUGAGGUUAUGCUUGUGCUAUUUUCUUAUAGACACGCCCCAUUGUGUGAAGCUCAACAACCUUUUGCUGCACAUCACAGCUAUAUUCCUCGCUCUUACCCAUUGUUAUGAAUGACUUAAGGAAUUUGGCCUGUGUGUUCCCUCAUAUCCAUACCCAUGUGAAACAGGAAGUCAUGGUUGAACAAUUUCCUGUUCUAGUCACCCAGGUGUACAAAUAAAAUGUAAUAUAUCAGUGGGAAUAUACUUCAAAUAUAUUUGUCUCAUAUGAAUUCAUAGGGUUGCACACCUACACUUAACAAAAAAUUUUUUUGUUGAUAAGCCUGUGUUGUGUUUGCAGUUGUUUCAUAUCCAUGAGAGCAGAGUAUUUUUGUGAAAUGUUUUUAACAAAAGAUCAAAAGCUUAAACCAUAAAGAAAAUUUUUCACAGCCUUCUUUGCUCAUAUUUACCAAGGGUGCCAAUAUUAAUGUAGGGCAGUGUACGUGCUCACUACAGUGCUAGUGUGCUAAAUAACUGACAUACAGACUAGUCAACUAACUGAUCAGAAGAAACAGCAUCAGAUCGGAAUGACUUCUGGGCUUCAAUGCUGCUCCUAAACUCUCGUCAUCGCAAGAGACUCGAUCCUCACCUGAUCUGAUCAGUAACGAAACAGAGAUUAGACAGUGAUGGGGAUUUAAUCAGAGUGAAGCAGGAAGGGGCGUGUUCAAGUCAGAAGGGUUCCUUCUGAGUGUUUGAUCUGAUCUGUGUCACACCUCCUCUCAAACUUUUUUCUGCUUUAUCGCCACCUGGUGGUUCUGAGGUUUAAAUUCAGCUGCCAUUUCUCCUCCAUUUUCUUUCUUUCUUUCCUUUUCUUUGGUAUUUAUUUCCCCCUCUUACUUUCUAUUUUUCUCCUCCAUUUUCUAUUUUCUUUCUUUCUUUCUUUCUUUCUUUCUUUCUUUCUUUGGUGUUUAUUCCCCCCUUACUUUCUAUUUUUCUCCUCCAUUUUCUAAUUUCUUUCUUUCUUUCUUUCUUUCUUUCUUCUUUUUUGUCUUUCUUUCUUUCUUUCAUUGGUACUUAUUUCCCCCUCUUACUUUCUAUAUUUCUCCUCCAUUUUCCCAUUUCUUUCUUUCUUUCUUUCUUUCUUUCUUUCUUUCUUUCUUUCUUUCUUUCUUUCUUUCUUUGUUAUUUAUUCCUUGUCUUACUUUCCAUUUCCACCUAAAUUUUCUCAUUUCUUUCUUUCUUUCUUUCUUUCUUUCUUUCUUUCUUUCUUUCUUUCAUUUAUUUGUCUAUUUACUUCUUUUCUCAUUCACUCUUUAUUGUUCUUUCCUCUUCUCAUUUUCCCAUUUGUUUCUUUCUUCCUUUUUUGCCCACUUCCUCCUCUCGUUUCUUUCUUUCUUUCUUUCUUUCUUUCUUUCUUUCUUUCUUUCGUGACCCUAACAAGUUGAAAUUUUUUUUAUAAUGAAAUAUAUUUACACACUUUAUUAAUGACCCUGUUCACCUUACGAUUCUGACGUUUAACAAAUGACUCGUGUCCAAUAAUGAAAUCAUUAUCAUAUCAUGUAUAUGAUAGAAAUAUAAAUAACUGGUAGAAAUAUAAAUGUAUUUAAUUCUUCAGAAUUGUGUUAAGUUGAGUACAGUGUAUAAAAAAAAAUAAUAAUUAAACUAUGCUUUAUAUUCUAACUGAAGAGCUAACUGUAAAUAUUUCUAGCCAAACCUUUGGAGUUAAAGAUUUAAAUAAUGAAUAUUCAUAUCUGAGAUCAGCUGAUCAGUUUGAUGGGAGUUAAUCUGAAAUUAUUCGGUAUGUUUUUACAGUUCAAUCACUGCCAUGACGUACGUUUUUGUAUUUAUUUUGUGUUGUUGGACGAGUACGUCCACUUUUCAACAUUUUAAUAAAAUGUUGAUGAAAAUGUAACCACUCUUUUAUUCUUUAUUAAUAUGCUUCAUACGAAUGACGUGCUUUAUAUAUACUUGAUUUAAUUCUGUUCUACGCCGAUGAUGUGGAAAACGCGUCGAAAUGAUGAUUUGAUCGAGCGCUGGUUGAUCUCAUCAACCUCGAGCAAUAAUACACGUGUAAAUAUCUGUCAUAGUGACUAGUUAAGCUAUAGAGCAAAAAUUUUGGCACCCUUAUAGAGAAAAGACAAAAAUAAGUGUAAAGAAUAAACAUCACACUAUGAUUUCUAUUUAAGCCACUUGACAAACAGGUGUUUCACAAAUAUUGUCACCCCUACAGAAUAUUAUCAAGAGGUUAAGAUGUACCCAUGGAUGGGCAUUUCAACAAGAUAAUGACCACGUACACAAGCACACAUGAAGAAUUGUAACAGAAUCGAAAGGAAUGUAAAAGUGCUUGAAAAGUGUUUGCUCUUGGAGGACUGGCCCAAGAUCCUCCAAAUCUUUGCUAGAUGUUACGGGAAGAGAUGGAAUUACUAAGGUAAGGAUACCAGUCAUGUUUAAACCAGCACGAAAAAUCGCACUCUUUAAAAAAAAAAAAAAAGUUUAAAUAAAACUGUUGGGCGGAAACCCAACACUGUGAAGCAUGGUGGUGGUGGCAUUAUAUGGGGACUGGGAAACUGGUCAGUGUUGAGCGCGAGAUGGAUGAAGAAGGUAAUCCUGGAAGAAAACCUGUUCCUGUCUGCAAGGGACUUGAGGCUGUGGGCGGAGCUUCACCUUUGAAAAGAACAACAAUGCUAGGAACGCUGCCAAAGCUUCACUGGAGAAUGCGUUUGAACGGCGCAGUCAAAGCCUGACUGCGAAUCUGAGGCAAAAGUUAUUAUAAAAAUAAUUCACUAGCAGCAGUCUCCAUCUGAUCUCACAGAGGUUUGCCAAGGAGAAUGGAUAAAUAAAUUCAAGAUCCAGAUGUGCAAAGCUGAUAGACAUAACCCAGGGUGGUCAAACCUCUGUUUAUUUCUUUUAAUGAAACUUUGUGUGACAACACACAAUAUUCUUCCUCGAAUUUUUAGACACGGCGAUAAAAAAAAAAAAAAAAAAAUCCAUUUCCCUUCCAAACUGUCGCGCUACAGAACGUGGAGAAGUACUGCUGCAGUUCAAGAUGCCUCAUACACACAUUGUUUAUCAUUCCAGCGCUUCCACCACUUCCUGUAUGUCAGUCCAGCCUCUCUCUCUCAUUUACAUACACCAUCUUCCUUCUUUUUCUGUUCUCAAUUCACUGUCACUCCUCCUUCUCCAGGGUCGUAACAAACGGAUUGCCUUCUCGCCACCACACACACACACACACACACACACACACACACAAACAAACCCUCCUCUUAUUUCCCAGCAGGCUGUGCGAGAGGCUGAGCCACUCUAUAUAAAGACGCAAGAGGGAGAAGGAGGGGUGCGGUGCAGCAGGGAGACUCGCCGGGACAGACGGAGAGAGAGACAGACAGAGAGAGAGAGACAGACAGAGAGAGAGACAGGGAGAGAGAGACAGAGAGAGAGAGCAGAUACACACCUGUGCUUUCACAGAGAGAGAGAGAGACGGAAGGCUGAGACGCCACAUACACAUACACACAGAACCAAGAGAGAGG